AGUGCUGAACAACCCCUUUACAGCAAACCUAAAAAUGCCCUCGAUCCUUUUGGAAACAACCUAGUUGUGACUCACUCUUUGAAUCGCGCAGAACAUGGUUCCUCAAACUGCUCAAGGUUUUCCCUGCCGUUUAAUAACUUCCACCUCUGAUGAGCUUUCGCUCUCCUCUUCUUCCUCCAACCCACGUUUCUGCCACUGGCCGCUUCACAACUUGGACACUCACAGUCGAGAAACUAUUCUUCCCACAUGGCUUCCAACACAUUCCACCCUUUCUCCAGAUUGCCCAGAGAAUUGAGGGAUGAAAUCUGGGACCUCUCGAUCCGCCCAGCUCAUCCAGGCGCACACUUUUUCACCUUGUUCAACAGCAAAAAUGCGGACGAGUUGUCUGCCCUCGGCCAACAUGCCAUGGACUCUGUUGAGUCCGGAGCAUUGCGCCCUGGCGGCACCGCGCUGCAGCGAAUCGGAUCGCCAAGCUCUUUCCUGGACCACGUCUAACCCUUCGGCAUACUUGAUCGACAGCGGGUUGUGGACGGCGUGCAAGGAGUUGCGGGAGCGGAUGGAACGGCGGUUCGAUACAGAAGGAUGGAGACGCAGAAUCAUUCCAUACCGAGAAACACCUUUCGAGAAAGAACUUCCGGAUGCCCCCGCCACGGCGACAUUUACAAGCAGCGGCGAAAGGCGGUGUUUUACCACGUAUCCUAAAUCGGAUCUCUUCUGCCUCCAGCCGUUCGAUUUCGACACCAUCGACUGGCCAACUAUCAGAUAUCAAGUUCCCCAUAUCCUAUUGGCAUUGGGGUUUCGAAGUCACUCAUGUUGCUGUUGAGUUUGACCCUAAAUGGAAAGUCCAUGAUUGGUGCUACGAGAA